GUGCCAUCACAUCAUGGUAAAUUCAGAAAGAAAAAAAAAAAGGUAAACAAAAACCUACAUAAAACUCCCUGUAGAAGCCAUGAUUAGUACUUGUUCUAGAUUCUUCGCCGGCAUCAGAGCAGCUCCGACCAUCUCGCUUGUACGGAAAGUCUCUCCUCUCUCCGUCUCCGGUUAUCGGCUUCAGGUUCGCGCCAUGGCUGACUCAUCUGCUCCCUUCAAGAAAGUUCAGAUUCAGAGAGACGACACUACAUUUGAUGCAUAUGUAAUUGGAAAAGAAGAUGCUCCUGGAAUUGUUGUGCUUCAGGAAUGGUGGGGCGUGGACUUUGAGAUUAAAAACCAUGCUCAGAAGAUCUCUCAAUUUGACUCUGGCUACAAGGCACUUAUUCCUGAUCUGUACCGUGGAAAGGUUGGGUUAGAUGUUGCAGAAGCACAACAUUUGAUGGAUGGUCUUGACUGGCAGGGAGCCGUCAAAGAUAUUCAGGCUUCAGUGAACUGGCUCAAGGCAAAUGGAUCAAAGAAGGUUGGAGUUACUGGAUAUUGCAUGGGUGGUGCUCUUUCCAUUGCAAGUUCUGUUUUAGUUCCGGGUGUUGAUGCUGUUGUAGCAUUCUAUGGAGUACCUUCUGCUGAGCUUGCAGACCCUGCCAAGGCUAAGGCACCUGUGCAGGCUCAUUUUGGUGAGGAGGAUGGUAUUGUUGGAUUUUCAGAUAUAAAGUCUGGGCAAGCUUUGGAGGAGAAGCUGAAGGCAUCUGGAAUUCCACAUGAAGUGUACUUCUAUCCAAAGGCUGGGCACGCGUUUAUGAACACCUCCCCUGAUGGUGUGCAGAGGAGGAGAACCAUGGGAGAGUCCGAUGUUGAAAAUGCUACGGUAGAGCUGGCAUGGUCACGUUUCCGGUCAUGGAUGAGCCGCUUCUUGUCUGCCUAAACAAAAGCUAGUUGGUGAUCCUACUACCAAUAAGGUAUGUUUGUUCGUUCGCGGUCUGGCAUUGUAUAUUACAAUAAAGUUCUGCACUUUCUUGUGUUUAUUGGCAAAUGGACCUAUAAAUAGUAUUCUGUUUUCCAGUCGACCUGAGUUUGCACAUUUAUGAAGCAUUGUGUUUGAAUGGGUAGUUA